AGAGGGACCAGGAUUCAAUGAAGCGUGAGGAUGGUAAGAAAAUCAAGAACACGAUUGUCAAUGGGGUGCUGCAGAACACAGAGAACUCCACCAAAGAGGCAGAACCAGACUGCCUAGAAGUGAAAGAAAUCCCCAACCCUGCUAUCAGAACUACAAAGUCAAAGAUGAGGAGGCAAGAAGGCAUUUCUCGAUUUUAUAUCAUCCAAGUGGUCUUUCGAAAUGCCCUAGAGAUUGGAUUCUUAGUGGGGCAGUAUUUUCUGUAUGGAUUCAAUGUCCCUUCCAUGUACGAAUGUGACAGAUACCCUUGCAUUAAAGAAGUAGAGUGCUAUGUGUCUAGACCCACUGAGAAGACUGUGUUCUUGGUAUUCAUGUUUGCUGUCAGUGGGAUUUGUGUGGUGCUCAAUUUGGCAGAACUGAACCACUUGGGCUGGAGAAAGAUCAAAAUGGCAGUGAGAGGAGUACAGGCAAAAAGGAAAUCCAUAUAUGAAAUCAGAAAUAAGGACCUGCCAAGAAUGAGCAUGCCUAACUUUGGCAGGACUCAGUCAAGUGACUCAGCUUAUGUGUGAGGCUGUGACAGAACUGAAACACUGUGCCAGGUGGAACAGACCCAGAUACCAUUAGAGAAAGGUACAUUGCUUAGGCAAGCAUUUUAUCAAACCACCAAGAAAGCCAUUAAGGUAUUGGAUCUGCACUUACUGAACUAGCUGCGAAAUGCAGUGCUAUGUAAAAGACUGAAAAACCAGCUAUAAAACCAUGCUUGAUCUAGCCUUACAGCACAGCUACUACUAUUCCUACUUUUCUUUCUAAUGAUCGGGUGUUAUCUGUCGGUGGAGCGGCUUUUUGGUCCUCAUUAGGAUAAGUUUACAGUUUGGAUUGUCUGACUAAUUGUUGUAAACAUGUAGAAUGUUCAUAUUAAAAAUCUGCAAGGAUACUCUAUACGGGGUGGGACGGGGUGGGGGAAAAUGUUGCAAUGUGCAGUUGUAAGCAUGUUUUAAAAGGAGGGUAAUUGCACCGUAAGGAACCUGACCACAGCUCAUUCAGGAUAUCUGCGUUCAUCUAUCUCACAGAUGUCUUAUAUUAUUUCGCUUGUCUAAAUCACAGAGUUUAUUCCUGGUGUGUAUUACUAGCUAUUUUCUAUCAUAGUUUGUGCAUCAAUUAGUUGUGCUAAACAAUAAAUGCUGAAUAUAAAUUUUUUUUGUUUGCCUGUCCACACACACACACACACACACACCAGAGACCUUAAUCUUCUUACAUUAGUUGUGAUCUGCAAAAUAUAUCAGUACAUUUCAGUUCAUUCCCUAGUAUGUGCAUGAAUAAAAUGGAGAUGGUUCAUGCCAGCCAAGUUAUGUAUUUACCUACAGUCAACUAUGAUGACACACAUACCAAAGGAACAGAGUUCAUUGCUUUUAACUGUGAAUAUAUCACCUUCUCUCUGCUCUUAUUUAUAUAAGUGCCAUACUUGAAACAUCUAACUCUGUACUUAGUCAAAAGGUUGUCUUGGGAUACCAGCUGGAAUAAAGUGAUUUUAUACUCUCCUCUGUUUAUUUUAUGCUAUUUGUUUAGUCAUCGCUAUGGUGUAAAAAGCAGCUAAAAUCUCUAUUGAUAAAUAAAGUACUUGCCUUUUUUUUGUAA